AUGCAAUAUUACGGACUCAUCUACUUCGUGAAUAAUCAAUAUUACCCUAUUCCUUUACAAAAUGUUUCCGUUGAAGCGAACAUUGUUGAUAUGAUAGCCGAAACAACGGUUUGCCAAACCUAUAAAAAUAUUGAGUCAAAUACAAUUGAGGCUAUUUACAAAUUUCCACUUCAUGAAGCGACAGCUGUAUGCAAAUUUGAAGCAGAAAUUGAUGGAAAAAGAAAUAUUAAAGGAAUAGUUAAAGAGGCUAAGCAGGCUGCAAAGGAACAUGAUGAAGCUAUUCAGCAAGGUCAAGGUGCUUAUUUAUUGCAACAGCAUCAAUCAGACGUCUUCCAAUGUUCUAUUGGAAAUAUCACGGCUGUUCGAUUUGUUUUUCCUACUGCUAUCGCUCCACGAUAUGGUCAAUCCGGUUAUUCUCCUGCAAAUGAUGGGAAAAAACUUAUUCCUGAUGCAAUUUCUUAUUCAUCUGGGGCAAACUAUUAUUUAGAUCUUGCCAUUACAUGCAGGAUGACCUCAGUUAUUCAAAAUAUUGAGUCACCAUCACAUCAUAUUUCUACUGAAUUAAAUAUUGAUGGUAAUCCGAAUGUUUCAAAGAUUACUCUAGCAGAACAAAUAACUUAUCUAGAAAAAGAUUUUAUACUCGUUGUUAAAAGUCUAGGCCUUGAUCAACCAAGAGCUUUUGUCGAAUACAAUCCACAAACUGAAACAAAUUGUAUUAUGUUAACUUUGGUGCCAAAAUUCGCUAUUAAUACUAUAAUGUCAGAGUUGAUUUUCGUUAUUGAUAGGUCAGGUUCAAUGCAAAGUGGAGCCAUGAAAAAAGCUUCCGAAGCACUCCAAUUAUUGCUUCGUUCAUUACCUGAAGAUUCUUACUUUAAUUCAACCUUACUCCAAAAUUCCUUUUCAAAAGCUCUUAAGCAUGCUCAAGAAAUGACCGCAAAUUAUGGAGGAACUGAAAUCUAUAAUCCUAUAAAAUGGGCAUUCGAAAAUUCAAGGAAUGAUAUGCCGACUUCUGUUUUCCUUCUGACUGAUGGUCUUGUUAAUAAUGUUGAUCAGAUUGUAGAACUUAUUAAAUCUAGUGAAGAAAAAAAGAAAGAUGAUGUAAGGCUCUUCUCAAUUGGAAUUGGAAAUUCUGUUUCUCAUGAGUUAGUUGAAUCUGUUUCCCGUGCUGGUAAAGGUUAUGCACAAUUUGUUACAAAUAAUGAACGAAUGGACAAAAAGAUUAUUGGAAUGCUAAAAAACGCCAUAAAACCUCCUAUUAAGGAUUAUAAUAUUACUUGGACUAAUCAAAUUAUUGAAGAUGUUUUACCUAAAGAAAUUGAGUCGGUUGAUGUAGAUAAACCAACAAUUAGCUUCUUUAGCGAUAACACUACACCUCCACCAGUUACUCAAAAUUUCUUUACAGACAUAAAAAUUCAACAAGCGCCAUUUGUAAUUCCACCAAUUUAUCCUGGUGUUCGAUUUAUAGUUUAUUGUAUUUUAGAAAAAGGUGUUGAAGCUUGUAAAGAAAUUAUACUGAGUGCAACUUCUCAAGAUGGUCCAAUGAAGCUUUCUAUCCCAUUGGAUCCUGUAACUUUACAAGGAUCAAAAAUACAUACACUUGCAGCUAGAAAGCUUAUUCAAGAUCUUGAUGAUGGUACUUCAUUUAUUCAUAAGCACCCAAGAAAUAGUGGAAAAUUGAUACCAAUUUCACUCAUUCGUGAGCAAAUUGUGAAAUUAGGCAUUAUGUAUAGUUUGGCUUCAAAAUAUACAAGUUUCCUUGCAAUUGAUGAAAGAGAUAAUCAAGUGGUAGCUGAAUCCCAAAAUAUUGGUAAACAGAGAAUCAUUCCAACUAGGUCAUCUAUUCCGUUUGCUAGUAAUUCUUUCACAACUUAUCAUCCUCAUUCUCAGUCUUAUGUUAAUUCGGCCAUUCAACCCCUUUCUCAAUUGUGUUCAGCACCAGUUUCUACCCCAACAGCUAAUUGUAUUACUUAUUCUUCUUCAUAUUCCAUGCCUUACAAUGCUAUCCCAUUUUAUGCUACUGGUGGACCAGCUCUAAGUUUUCGAUCUGCUGCAAUGCCAAAUUCUAUCCCAUUUGAUUAUACUGGACCAGCUCUAAGAUUGCAAUCUGCUGCAAUGGCAUGUUCUUAUGUACAAAAUUCAAAUAUUUCAUAUAAUGAAUCUACUACAUCAGCUUUCUCAACCACUUCUGUAAAAACGAAACCUCCAAAAAUUGAAACACUUUAUAGCUUUCUCAAUUUCCAAUCAUUUGAUGGUUCAUUUUUACCAUCUGAUAAGUUUUAUUCUUGGUUUGGUAAAAAUAAUUUUAAAGAAUUUGAAAUUAUUGGAAUUAAUAAUGAGAAAGUAUUAUGUUUGGCAUUAGCAAUGGCGUAUUUGGAAAUUUUAAUGUUUGAAACAUUUAAGGAAGAAUGUGAAAUGUGUUAUGAAAAAUCUAAAAAAGCUUUGAAAAAAGAAAUUGGUAAUGAUGAACAAAAGGUUAAUGAGGUUUUGGAAAAAGCUAAAGAAUGGGUUAAUAAUUGGGCUAAUGAAUAA